UCCGGUUUCGGUUCGUUGAUACGAUGUCAACAUUAGAAGUUGAUCUUUCGUCUUUUGAUGAAGUCGCUUCGUGGUUUGGACAGAAAUCAUCAAAGAAAAGACAGUCAGAGGAAAGUGAUCACUGCAAUAAGAGCAAGUGUAAAAAGUCAAAACAGAUAACAGAAAUUGAACAAGUAUCAAGGUCAAAUAGCUGUUCAGUGGCUUUCCAGUCACCCCAGGCCUCCACAACAAUAGUACAGAGUACAUCACAACAGACAGACACAUCAUCAUUGUCAGCCUUUAUACAGCAGAAAGUCAACAAGAAGCUCACCAAAGCCAGCCACAAGAAAAGGGAGAAAGGUUACUUUGUCAAAGGGGUCAAUGAUGACAGAAAAGAAAGACCAGUACAUUGUAACAGACCAAGUCCUGCUGAUUCCUCAGGUGAAGACGAAACAAGGGAUGCCAUAAUUUCAAAACAAGUCAAGGAUUCCCAGACAUCAUCAAAAACUACACCAAAAAAGAAGAGGAAAAGAAAACGAAGGAGAAAAUUAACAGAGACUUGAUAUAAAGGCUCAUUUUCUCUGUAAGAUCUGAAACAAACAAGAAAGGAAUAUUUUUAUGUUUUAUGUGAGAUAUUGACUGGUCACAUGAAGCACAUGUAAUGUGCCAAUGUGGAUGUCUCUUUGAUUUACAUAACUCACUUGAAACUUAAAAAGCAUUCCUUAUCUUUACAUUUUACAUGUUUUAAAAACACAUGUAGCAACAAAAUACACUCAUUGUUUGAACUUGGUUCCCUACGUUGUAACAUUUUUAUUACCAUCUCUGUAGCCUCAUUGUGACAUCACUUAAGCUUUAUCUCUGUCUCCAUGUGCCUCAAUUUAUUUUUCUAUGGUUGAGUAUGCACAAAAAUGGCAUUCAUAAACUAUGACAUACUUAGUGUAGUAGUAGUACAAAAGCACAAAAAAUGUUAAUACCUUAAUAUAUUUGGUAAAUUUUAGUGAUCUUGUGAAAACAAAAAUGCCUCUGGUAGCUGUAACCAUUUUAGAAAAAUACAUGUUUUGAAAGUAUCUUGUUAAAAAUUAAACCUGUUUAAAACGUAAUGUUUUUCUCAUUUUUGAAUUAUUUCAACUACACAGACCUGGUAAUGCACAUGUGACACUAUGAAAUUAUCACCUUCUUGACUGGGAACUUAUUUUAGAAUCUGUAAUAUACCACAAUAAAGUACAAAAUUAAACAUUCACCCAUUAUGCAAAUUAUCCCAUGUUUCCCACUAUUGUU